AUGGUUUUUGACGGCUCGCUGUUGCCCACGAAAGAAGCUACUAAUGCUGAGAGAGCUGCCCGCAGGGAGAAGGCUAGAGAAUCUGCCAAUAUGUGUAUGAAGAAGGGUGAUAGAAAACAAGCCUGGAAAGAAUUUAUGAAAGCUGCAGGAGUCACACCAGAGAUGGCGAAAUCUGUGAUGGUGGAGCUCGAUAGGAAGCAUGUUAAAUACGUUGUCGCUCCUUACGAGGCUGAUCCUCAAAUGGUCUACCUUGAGAAGAUCGGCUUGGUUGACGGAAUCUUAUCCGAAGACUCCGACUUGCUCAUCUUUGGCUGCCAACGUCUCAUAACAAAGCUCAACGAUUACGGAGAGUGUGUCACCAUUGAGCGUGCGGACUUUGACAAGAUCAAGCGCCCUAACUUGGGCCAAUUUACCCAGGAACAGUUGAGAUGGGUAGCCAUCCUUUCAGGCUGUGAUUACACAAAGGGAUUACCAGGCAUAGGUCUCAAGACAGCAUUUAACCUCAUUCAAAAGCUAGGCUCGAUCGAGAAUGUGGUUUUGUCAUUGCAAGCUGAAAAGAAAGACAUUCCAGACACUUUUCUUGACGAGGCAGUAAAAGCAACAUUAGCAUUUCAGUUUCAAAAAGUGUUCGACCCAAGCAAUCAGAUCCUAGCUACUUUAUACGACUAUCCAGAAAAUCACGAUUUGGACAUGGAGGUCGUGGAGCUUUGCUGUGGAAGAACCCUUGACGCACAAAUUCAUCAUGGCAUUUGCAACGGUAAGUUGCAUCCUUCCACAUUCAAAGCGCUAUUAUCCAGAGAGCAGAACUUGGCCACCAAGAGCUCUUCCAUGGUAUACUCGCUGACGAAACAAGUCACAGGAGUGAAGAAGGCGGAAUCAUUUGGUGGCACCCUAACAAAGUCUAUCGAGAGCUUCUUCCAAGUUGACAAACAAGCUAAGAGCGUGACGCAAGAGAAGCGUCCUGAUCCCGGUAGAGCCGAUGAGAAAAAGCUUUCACCCACAAGCAAAAAGCUCAAGCGUAUAAGCCCGGACUCAAGCCUGAAGAUAGGCUCAACGAGCAACUUCUUCAAGUCAAAACUUACAACAAGCAUGAAUUUGAAACCUGAUACACUGCGUGCUACAGAGGACUCCAGCUUCUUGGCAGGCGACUCCGAUGUCCCAGAGAACCUGUCGCCUUGCAAGCCCAUCCCUGAGGUAGUUCCAAUGAUCAAGGAGAGUGAAAAACUCGAACAGUACCUCACCGAUGUGGAUGAUGAUUUUGAGGACAGUCAGCAGGAUGACCUUAGGGAGAAUUCGCUUCUUCAGACCAGCAUGGCGAGGCCCCCGCUGGUAGCUUCAAACAAAUCCAUUGUGGAAGAUAAUGAUCAAGACGGUUUCUCCAAUGAUAUUGAAGAGUCGCCCGUUAAGAUGAAACAGAUCGGACUUUCUUGGAGAGCAAAAUUCCUGCUCGGCUCAGAAGGUGAAUUGCAGAAGAAUGCUGCCCAGAAGUUGAAGGUAUUCGAAAGCGAUCCCUCCCUGGGUCCUGCUACUCCUGAUAACGAGGACCUCCUUAUGAGCGUCAGUCAGCCAAAAUCUCUGCAAAAGGAGGAGUACAACUUGAGUGAAAGUGACAAGGAAAAUGAAGAAGUCCUACCCCCAAGAAGCACCGGGUUCAAAUUACUGAGAUUUGCAUUCACUGGAUAA